GUCUUGUGAUUACAAUAGGUAGGAGAAGUUCAACUUGCAUAUAUAUUCUUUUGGUCUGCAAUCUGUAUUUUAUACAUACAGUUGGAGGCGAAGUAACAAUAACACACAAGUAAGCAUCCGUACACAGCAGAUCUCAGUCACAUAUCUCUAAUUGUGAGUCUUAGCAAUACAUUCGAUUCGAUAAAUACCAUGAGCGCUUCACAGGGUCAGAUGCACACAUGCGUGUCUUGUCGGGUGGCAUUUCCCAGUCAGGAAUCACAACGUACACACUACCGAAAUGAUUGGCACAGGUACAAUCUGAAGCGUAAAGUAGUCAAUCUACCCCCAGUUACAGCCGAGAAUUUUAAUGCCCGUAUUGAAGCCAAGAAAGCUGAGGCGGCCGCCGCAGAGGCAGAGGCGCUAUUAAGUGGCAAGUGUGUAGCAUGUAAUAAGACAUAUGCAUCGAAAAAUCAGCUUGCUAAUCACAAAACAUCCAAAAAGCACAAGGAAGCCGUGGUCGAAUAUGAACUAAAACAGGCAGAACUUAAAAACAAUCCCGUACCGGAGGCUAAAAAUAGCACACAUCAGGAUGGUGUUGGUGAAGACGACGAUGACGAAGAUAUUGAAGAUGUAGAAGAGUUUGAACUAGAAGUUACAGACUGUUUGUUCUGUUCAGCACCCCAUGAUAGCCUAGAAGACAAUGUUCAACACAUGGCUCUAUCGCAUAGUUUCUUUAUACCAGAUGCUGAGUAUCUGAUUGAUUUGGAGGGGUUAAUAAACUAUCUUGGGCUUAAGAUCACAGAAGGUAAUCUGUGCUUAUUCUGUGCGGAUCAUAAAGAGUUCCGAAGUGCGCGAGCCGUGCGAUCGCAUAUGAAUGAGAAGGGCCAUACGAUGCUGGCGUAUCAUGAUGAUUGCUUCGAUGAAUAUGAGGACUACUAUGACUUCUCAUCGAGUUACCCCGAUUACGAUGAAAACAAUCCCCGUGGAGAUGAAGAAGUGCUGGAUAACACCAUCCAGAUCAACGAGAAUGACGAGUUAGUACUGCCCAGUGGCAAGAAGAUAGGUCACCGCGACUUUAAUGUGUACUACAAACAGAACCAGAAGCCCGGAACGGAGGUGGUCAUUGGCGGCUCAAAUGCGAGCGGUAAAGUGAAGAAGAACAAUCACCAGUUGAUGAUAGGACAGCAGGUGACCAAGGGAGGCAAUGCGAUGCAGAUCAGCAGCAUGGUGGAGAAGAACGAGCGGGCCAAGCGCGUUCAAAAGAAGGAGAGGGACAACUGGUAUCUCAAAAUCGGAAUGUCAGCCAACAAUCAAAAGCAUUUCCGACUCCAGAAUCCAAUGUAGAUUAUUCAUCUCUAUUGCAGCUCGGUCCAGAUGCAUGUCGUGCACACACAUCUGUCAUGCAUAUAGACAUAUUUGGAUCUGUACAUAAGCUAAAACAUUCAUCACGUCUUUGCACUGAGGGGACUUAUGGGUGGAUUCAUUCUGGAAUAAUCUGUUCUGUGUCGCCUCUUGAGAAACUAUUGUGCUACGAUUGUAGCUUGGUGGGACAUACUUGUUCAUGGGCCCAAAAUACAAUCGACUUAAAAUAUUUUUGGGCAUUUGCUCAUAAAAGAGCAAUUGAGAAUUGGCCGUUAAUGGACCGAUAAGUCCAUUUCGAAACUGAAAGACAUAGUCAGCUUUAAGCGGAUGGAUUAUAAUAAAUACUGUAUAGAUUAUUGCUUU